AUGCCCUUUUCUCGAAAUGGAUUGCUCGUUAUCGGCGCUGGGGGCAUGGGCCUUGCCAUCGCUCGUCGCCUAGGUGCAGGACGUCGUGUCUUUCUCGCCGACUACUCCAAAGACACAUUGGAGUCUGCUGCAAACAGUCUACGAGAUACUGGUCACGAUGUUGAAACUCAAAUAGUCGAUGUGUCUAGCUUCGAGUCAGUUACAAAGCUGGCCAAACAUGCGACCUCAACCAGCACUCUCAACACUGUCGUCAACACAGCCGGUAUCUCUCCCUCCAUGGGAACUGCUCGACAGAUCUUCGAGGUCGAUCUGCUUGGAACUGCCAAUGUCAUCGACGCUUUCCUCGACACUAUGCCUGCUGGCUCCUCACUGACAACUGUCGCAAGCAUUGCUAGCGCGUUGUACGGAGGCGUGAUCACACCAGAGUUGGAACAGCAUCUCGCCACAGCCCCGAAAGAUAAGCUUCUGCAGCACGCCAACAUUGACUUUGAUGGAAAUCCAGGCGUCGCGUACGGAAUCUCAAAGAGGGGAAAUAUUGUUCGAGUCCAAGCCGCUGUCAAAAAGGCCGGAACAAAGGGGAUCAGGAUCAACAGCAUCAGCCCGGGUGUCAUCACAACAGCGAUGAUCCGCUCAGAGUUGGAAUCUGAAUCUGGAGAGAAUGUUCGGCAGAUGGUAAAGGCGACACCUAUCCCGAGGGCUGGGUCUGCGGAUGAGAUUGCGAGCAUUGUCGCCUUUGUGUCUGGCCCGGAGGCUUCCUUUGUCAAUGGGGCGGACUUUAUGAUUGAUGGUGGCUUUGUUGCUUCGACCCGAUUUAAUGGUCCGGCUGGGGCAUCAGAGGCUACUUAG